UCUGCCCGACUCGCUAAGCUUUCAACCAGGUUCGCUGUCGCUUCGCCACCAAGACAGAGUGCGGCGGAGGGUUCUAUACUUUUAUUCGAGACAAAAGAAACCACACUUGUUUUCUCAUAAACCUCCGUUAAACCCUAAACAAAAAGCUCGAAGAGAAGAGCUUGUCACAGCUUCGCUUUACAAUCCCAACAAUGGAGUUCUCCGAAGAAGACUUCACUCGGCUAUUGGUCAUGGAGCAGGCCCGAAAGACGGCUGAAGCUAACUACGCCAAGAAUCCUCUUGACGCCGACAACUUGACAAAGUGGGGAGGAGCGCUGCUUCAGUUAUGCCAAUUGGAGAGAGGUCCCGAAGCAAUGUCUCGGAUGAUAAACGAGGCUGUGUCCAAAUUUGAGGAGGCUUUGGAUAUAAACCCGUCAAAGCAUGAAGCUUUGUGGGGUAUGGGGAAUGCGGAGACUAAUCUCGCAUUCCUGAUUCCUGAUCCGGAUCAGGCAGAGGAGCACUUUUUAGCAGCUGCUCAGCUUUAUCAACGAGCUCUGGACGAGGCUCCGAAUAAUCUGAUAUAUCGUCAGUCUUUGAUGGAGGUUUCUAAGGCACCAGCAGUACACAGGCAGGCCUUUGCUGGUGGUCGCCAGACUCUGGGAGAUGCCUUUGCUGCUUCUUCAACAACCAAGGGCUCCAGGAAGAAAAAAGACAGUAAAACCAAAGAUUUCAUAUACGACGCUUGUGGGUGGAUCAUACUUGCUGCUGGAGUUGCCACUGCAUUAUCGAUGUCUGCAAGGUCCCAAAGCCAGCUUCCUCCUCCUUCACCUUUCUAAGCACACAUACUAUCCUUGCGAGGUCUGUUUAAACUAGUUAGGUUGUAUAUGGAAUCAUUGCAACUCCGAUAUCCCCAGUUCAAGUUUUAUGGCUGAAUUUUCUUUGAAAGCAAGAGAAACAUUGUCUAUGAUAGAGGACAUGGAGCGUGUAAUGAACUUCUUCCAAAUCACUUCUGAUGUGAGAUCGCCUUUCAAUCAAUCAGUCUUAUUUGUAUUUGUUUUAGGCUGUGUGUCAUUCCCACUUAUCAUUUGGCAGUGACUUAUCAGAAGGCUGAUCUGGUAUU